CUCACAUGGGGGUCAGUAGUCUGUCUGCAUUAAAACAGAGAGUGAUCAAAGCUGAAGAGGAUCCCAUUGAUUUUAUCAAGGAUUUAAGAUAAUUAAGAAAGAAAAUUGACAAGGACCAAUCAGAGAUGCAGCUUCUGACAACCGCCCUUGUCAUCACUCUUCUGUUUACAACAGCCUCCUUUAAGCCGAUUGGUUGGCCUCGGCAUCAGGAUGCUGACAUCGCUGACAAUGACUUGACACAGGGAUUGCUGGACGGGACUAGCAGGUUGUCUUGGCGGUCUACUGAAACCUCCAGAUACGAUGACUCGUCUUCAGAGUCUUCGUCUUCGGAAUCUAGUGAGUCUUCAGAAAGUCAAUCUUCAGAGGAGUCUUCUGAGGAAGAUCUGAUCACAGAUCAGACCACACAGGUUGUGAUCGACACUGCCAUGACGACCAUCGCUACAGAAGGGACCACGUUCACCACUGAACCAGACACAGUCAGCACAGACGAGCCGACUGUGACAACGCCCCCGCCGGUAACACCGACCACAUCUGUAGCUGCAACGUUACCUGGAUGUGUGACUGAUUGUUUUACCGAGGAAAUUCCAACGGCAGCUCCCAUCACAGAAAUGAGAGGAGACAACUAACUAACCACAUUCCUAUUAAAGAUGAGUCACUAUGGCCCACUGAUCCAAGCCCUGUAUAUGCAGUGUUACAAAUCGGGUGGCGACUUUUCUGGGAAAAAUAACAAGCGGCGCUCUCCGGGAAGUGAGAUCUAAAAACACACCUUCAACAGCUUAUGGCCACAGGUUCCGUCAAAUAAAACAGGGAUCUUAGAGAUUGUAAUUGUAAACCACAGAGGGCUGUAACAAUUCAAGAAGCAAAAAGGUCAAUACAUAGGUACAGUCGGUGAAGCCAGUGUGAAAUUAGAGGGUCCUAUACAAUAACUAAUAACAGCAUCACUAACUGCCUCAAGAUACAUUUGCUUUGCAGUCCACUAAAAAGAAGAUAUUUCUUAAAAGAAAUUAAGAAAUAUUCUGUGCAAAAUCAUAUUCUUAAAGAAAGCAUCAUGUUGUUGUAUGCAGGCCUAUAUUUAAACGUAUUUUUUUAAAUUUAAUCGAUUGUUUUAAUAUUGACCAACAAAUGAUGACACUGAAGAACAACUUUCAGAGACCAGACUUAUAUAUAGUAACUUUACAUAAACAAAUCUGUGGCUCAGUCUUGUUUACCUUUUUAAGUGUUAACUGAUCAGACAAAGUACAGGGAUCAUACUUUGGUGGAUUUAUUUCAGUGAGCAGCGUAAGCUUGUAACAACAAGUGCAUUUACAUAUUUUACAACAACCAAAAAAAAAACAUCCAGAGUAUGUAUCCCGCAGCAGUUUGUUUAUAUACUGGGGUGGGUGCGCCCUGUUUGUCUAAUUCAGUGUGUACAGACAGAAGACAAACUGGGUUAUUGCCACAGUGGGUUGGUUUAAUUAUGGGUUGUGAAUACAUAUUUUCCAAAAUGAAAUACAAAGACAAUACCUAAAUGUUGUUGGUUUGUUUGUUUUAACAUGUGUUAUACUUCAUUAUGUUUAACUGUAUCUACUGGAUGUGCAGGAUUUUGUGUGUCGUAUAUAACAACAAUGUUUUUUUCUUCUAAAGGAAAAUAAAGAAAUCUAAA